UCGAAAAUCUCAAUCUCUACGAGCUGAUAUUUUUGAUGACACAGACCUUCAGAUUAAUAUGAUAUAAACUUUGAGAAAUUGCUUAAAAUCUGAGAAAAUGGAUUGUGACAAGUUAUCAGCAUAAAGAUGUAAAGAUUUAGAAUGAUACUUUGAAGAUUAUAUAGGUACUUUCAAAUGUUAGCCAAAAUGAGGUACAGAGGCAGGUUAUGUCUGAAAUAUCAUCGACCAUUUUGGAAGUUAUACCUGAGGUACCUGUGUGCAGCUUGUGUCAUAUCAUUCACCUCAAUGUUCUGUGUCACUCUAAGUGAAGAUUUAGUGGAUUGGUUUGCUUCAUUCCAUACAAAAAUUGAUGUCAACAGAAUUGCACAAGAAUUUAAAAAAGAUAAAACAAUUUAUGAAAAUACAACAGCAGCAGAUGAAAUGUUUAAGAAAGUAAGAAUACUUUGUCUUGUAAUAACAACAAGUGGCCAUUUAAACAAACAGAUUCCUGUUGUCAAUGCUACAUGGGGAACGCGAUGUAAUAAAAUUCUUUACGUUAUGUGUACAGACAAAAAACAAUCAGACAUAUUAAAUUCCUGUAAUGUGAAGGAAUCAAAAAGUCAUUUGACUCGAAAAGUUCGAUUUAUGUUACGCUACGUGUAUCUUCAUUAUUUAAAUGAUUAUGACUGGAUAUUAAAGGCAGAUGAUGAUACAUACGUUAUUAUGGAGAAUUUAAGAUUUUUAUUAUCAUUCCAUAAUCCUGAUUUACCAGGUUACCUUGGUUACCAUUUUAAUAUGCAUUUGAAACAAGGUUACAUGAGUGGUGGGGCUGGGUAUGUGAUUAGUCGAUCUGGUGUGAAGAAAGUUAUCGAAGGAGCAUUCAAAGAAAACGGCUGCCCACCAGAUGGAAAGGAUGAGGAUUUAGACAUUGGUAAAUGUCUACAGAUGGCUGGUGUACCUCCACUGGUAUCAUACGACAAAUAUGGACGUGAGACAUUCCAUACUGAUAAAGUUUGGCAACAUUUUUAUGGAACCGUUCCCCGAUACCUAAAAAAAUAUAGUUGGAAUGGGUUAAGUGAUGGAGGAGGUUGCUGCAGCCAGUUCUCAGUGACAUUCCAUCAUGUGAAUCCACAGAUAAUGUUAUUGAUGCAUCAAAUGUUAUAUAGAACUAGCGUCUAUGGAAGACAGACUCCUACAGAUAUAGCAGAUAUGUUCCAUAUAGCUAAAGUACUGCCAGUACUUUAAAGUAGAUGUUAAACAUAUAUACUAUUGUCGUUUAAAUAGUGUCAUAUAUAUUAUCAACAAGAUUUUUCACCCAGCAUCACAUGAGCAUAGUCAAACGUGCAAUAUGAACAAAUAGUUUUGCAUGUUAGGGGUGUUAUGUGCAUUAAGUCACUGUCAUGACUGUUGCAAUUAUCAGCAAAGCUAGAGCAUUGAAGAUUUAAGUUUUAUGUUGCACCUGACAUUUUUAUUUUGAAAUUACAAUUCCAUAAUUUGUGUAUAAAAAAACACAUUUGUGCACAAUAUAUAACUGGACAGUAUUUCUGAUACUUUUAUGUUCAGUAUUAUUUUUUAUGAAGCCUUUUAUGUGAUUGAAAUGUUUUUGUUUAUACUUUCCAACUCAGAAGAAGCUUAGAUUUAACAUUAUAAUAAUGAAACUUACUAGAUCAAGUAAGCUAAAGCCAACAAGCUGUUUAAAUGCAGUUUCAUUGUUCAGAUAUUGACCUCGUUUUUAGGGUAUACUACAUUCAAGGUGGUAUCCUAGUAGAAAAAAUAACACAAAACAUAGAAAAAAGCAUAAUAUGUCAGGUUUUAGGUUGUAAAACGUUGAUUUUGAUGUUCUUUUACUACCAACUAGGUAUCAGUUUGGUCAGUACACAAAAAAGUUGGUAACCAUAUGAUUAUUUUAUGUCAUUAAAAGGGAAAUUUAUGUUUUAACAACAAAUUAUAUUUUUAGAAAAUCUUUGGAUUUGAAAUUGGAGAUUUGAUAAUUUUCAGACAAAUUUAAGAGCAUGUUUUUCUGAUUUUAUGUGCUUGCUAUACAAAUUUUUACUUAUUUUGAAAGAAAUCAAUCAGUAGUGUUUCAAUAAAUAAAAGAGAUAAAUGUA